UUGUUUUAGUCGAGCAUUUCCUGCUUCAAGGUUUGUCGCGCCGUGCGUGACGUCAUUUUGAAGCGCCAGCAGUGAGCACUCAUCAGUGAGCAUGUAGAUUUCAGUAAAACAUUUACGUACAUUUAUGGGAUUUGAAGUUUUCAUCCUUCAGAAUGGCUGAUUACUGGAAAUCACAGCCGAGGAAGUUCUGUCAGUACUGCAAAUGCUGGAUCGCGGAUAAUAAACCCAGUGUCGAGUUCCACGAGAGAGGAAAGAACCACAAAGAAAAUGUUGCUGCCAAAAUCGCAGACAUUAGGAAGAAAAGUGUGGCGAAGGCCAAACAGGAGCAGAAGAUGUCGAAGCAGUUCGUAGCGAUGGAGGAAGCAGCUCUGAAGGCGUAUGAGGAGGAUCUGAAGAGGCUGGCGGGUCAGUCGUCAGGUGAGAGUGUGGCUCCAUCUCAAGCUCCUGCUAAAACUCAGAAAAAACCCAAGAAACUCAAAGCGAGCGUCCCGUCAGAGAGCAGCAGCGGCGACCGGACAGACGUCUGGCUGAGAGGAACCACAAACAACGGCCUGGUGUAUUUCUACAACACCGUCACUGGAGAGUCUCGGUGGGAGAAACCGGACGGGUUUGUGGACGAGAGCUCGUCAUCAGCCGUGGGACAAAUGCAGGAUCCGUCAGGCGGUGCUUGGAUAGAGGCUGUGAGUCCUGAUGGAUACAUGUACUACUACAACACUGAGACGGGCGAAUCCAGCUGGGAGAAACCGGAUGAUUUCAGUGCGGAGGAAGUGGCUCCUCCUGGUGUUGAUUCUCCUCGUGAGGAGGUGCGAGCAGCAGAAGAGCCGUCUCCUCCUCAGCCGGAGUCAGUGUCUGGAGCUGAAGACACGUCCGACCCUCCUAAAGACACACCAGAACCAGACGAAACCGUACAAACCAGCGCCCCGAAGAUCAGUUUCAGGAAGAGAAAAGAAGAGCCGCUCCAGACAUCCGCGGACGACGGAGGAGAGAGAAGCUCAGAUGAUGGAGGAAACGGUGAGGAGAAACGGGAAGAUUCGGCCGUGACUGAUGCAGUGAAGGAGGUCGUGAUACCCGUGAAGAGACCCAGAAAGACCAAUCCAUACGGAGCCUGGGAACAAAUCCAGCCACAGGAGGAUCCAUACGAGAAGGUGGAUCUGCAGCUGCCGCAGGUGGAGAGCGUCGCUCAGACUCCCGCCGCCGUCCCUCCGGAGCCCAGGGCCAGAUUCAAGGAGCGCACCAUCACGUCCCUGGGGCCCCAGAGCAGCGCCGGAGCCACCUUCAAGAAGAGGAAGGCCGAGAACGGCAAAUCCAGGAGCCUCCGGCAGAGAGAAACAGACGAGUAGAAGCUUCUCAACGGGACUAUGAGACAGAGACCAGCCUUCAGAUCUUGCUUUUGAAUUCUAGUAUUUUAUAUAUUAUUGGCAGGUGACGUUUUAACUGCCUGCUUCUUUGUGAAUAUUUCCAGGCAUCAGUUUUGUUUCCAGAGGUUAAAGUGAUCAUAGGUGUGAGCGAGUGUGUCGUGUGUUUUACAAUAUUUGUGAUGAUGAAGAUUCAAAGCCAUAGUUUAAUUAGACACUUUCUAUCUUACAGAUGAAUCUGGGCUUUCAUUGCUCAUCUCACAUCACAUUAAAACCGUUUUUACAGUUAAA